AUGCGCUUCCUGUGGUGGACAGACGACCAACUAUCGGGAGACCUGGUCACUUACCAGAUGAAGGUAUAUCUCUUUGGGGAAGUGUGGAGCCCAUCAUGUGCUGGAUAUGCACUACGACGAACAUUCCAAGACCACGGGCAAAGGCUCCAUGAAGAAAUUAAGAAAGCAAGUCGCAACUUCUAUGUCGAUGAUUUGCUUCUUUCAGUAGCAUCACCAGGGAAGGCGGCGAUAGUCACUCACCAACUGAGGCAGUUGAUGAAGAAAGGCGGGUUCAGUCUUACAAAAUGGAUCUGCAACCACAAAGGGGUCCUCGGAGCAGUCCCACAAACGGAAAGAGCCAUGGAAGUGAAAGAAGUACUUUUGAAGGAUGACAGGCUCCCAGCUGAGUGA